UUUUUAUUAAAUUUAAUCCAACAACUAAUCAAGCCAGGCUUGAUGCAGUGGUUUGUGCAUGUGAUAAAGCAUUGCUAGGUCAUGAUGGAUAUCGUAAUUUAGCUGCUGUUGUUCCUAAUAUUUAUCAUGAAUAUUUAGUAGCAGAAAGAAGAAAUGAAAUUAAUGAAAUUAUAAAUUCUCAGAUUCAUAUAAAAACAUUCAAUACUAAUAAUGAAUCAUGUGAACAAUAUACAGAUGAAGAUGAUUUUAAUAAAAUAAAUAGUAAUAUUUUGGUUGAAGAUGUAGAAGUAGGAAAUGGAGUUUUUCAUUCCAUUUCAACUUUACUUAAAGUAUUGAUACCAUUUUGGAAAUCAGGUGAAAAACCAGUAAUUACUGUAGGUGAUACACUUCAUAUAAAACUUGGUGGUGAUGGCAGGAAUGUGGGAAGAAAAAAGAAUCAUGUGUUGUUGACUUUUUGUUUAUUAAAUGAAG